GUCAAAAUGCCUCACACGCCUCCUCAACAGCGCAACAUACCUCCUACUCAGCAGCUAGCCUACGCUCGUCAGCGAGCUUCCUCGGCCUUGCCAACGUUUCCAUACGUUCCUGGCUCCUACAUCCCCCAGCCCUUCCCCCGGAUCACGAACCGUACGCACCUCAUGCGAAUUUGAUCAAUUUCAACUCACUUUUCUCUAGAUUUUGGCCAGGUCCCUGCUCUUCCCCUUCCACUCCCGCCACCAACACCCGCACAGCAACCGUUUAUCGAACCGUACCGAAUCCAACUACCCCUGAACCCUCAACUUCCUUACAUCAUUGAUCCUUCAUCCCUCCAAAUGGCGGCCAACCACGAUCCGAAUCAAAUGUAUGACUCCAUUCAAGCUCUUGUAGAGGAGCGGGAUGAGUUGAAAAAAGCAAACAACAAACUGAGAGCCGAGAACGCUACCUUGAGGGCUGAGCGCAACACCCUGGAGCUCGAGAAUAAGGGCCUUAGUGAGAGCUGGGAGAGCACAAAACUCGACUACCGGGUCGCAAGAGACAAGCUUGACAAGAUGGAGCAUAUCUGUGGCCUUCAGAGCGCCAAGCAGGUCAUCCUCUGGAAGUUCAUUGAGAGAUUGCAGAAUGGCGAGACUGGCCCACCUAUUGGGGAAGAUGGCUUUUGGCGCUUGAGGACGGGCCCGAUGGCGCCGGUUUCUGAGGCCUCCGAGCCGUCGUCUGAUCAAUCCUAUGCGAGCACUGUGGGCAGUAAGGACAGCUCAGAGACCAAGCUGGAUCCACAUGCUGUAGGUUCGGUCUGCGGCGAAAGUAAUUCUACUGACUUGUGAUUAGCAAGCUUUCGUCCCCCAAAGUCCUGCCCAGCCAUCGGGGCCAAACGGUCAGAUAUCGAGUACUCCCACAAAGCCAGUUGCAAGCGCUGAGCCCGAAAAAGUCGACGAAGAAGCCACACCCACCAACGAAGCCGACGUAUUCAUUGAAC